AUGACGCCGGAAGUGUUCAAGUACGAGGGUGCCGAAAAGUUAGUAAUCAGUUUGGACGAGUCCGUUUUGGUGGAACAAUCAACAAACGGAUUGAAUUGGUAAUAAUCAUUGCUACUGGUCGAUUAAGAAUCGCCGAUGGUUUCAGGAACUGGAGAAUCUCCAUCGACAAGCCGGGAGACCCGAUUUCUGGACAAUGCGUCUAUUUCUCGUGGCGAUUCGAGUGGGAAAAUCUGAAAAAGCAAAACAAAAAAACCAUCGUCGACUAUUACACGAACAAAUAGAAUCCGAGCCGAAGCGACAUGAAACUGACGGAUUAUGCGCAUUCCGGACAGUGGAUCGAGCAGAAGAUUGGCGCUGCGCGGAGCAUUAAACAGACGGAAGUUUCACCAAAUCGUUGGGUCUUCAAAUUCGAACUGACGAAGACUGAAAGUCAACUGGCUGAGAACUUCAAGCCGUCCGAUUUGCACUAUAGAAUUCUGAUUGUUGACGGAAAGAAGAUGCAUGUCAACAAAAAUGUAUGGUUUUAGCAUCAAAGCGCUCACAAUCAAAACAAUUGCAUUUUCAGUUUUCGCUUUCCACUCCGAGUUCUUUCGCGUUCUGUUCUGGUCGGAUUUCAGAGAGAAGUCACUGGCCGAGAUUCCGAUCGAAGAUGUCAACUAGUACGAUUUCGCCCGAUUCCUCAGUGCUGUCUAUCCGAAAUCAGUGCUGCCGACUGGUUAGUAAAUACAGCGCAGAUCACGUCCUUUUCUCAUUUUUGACCGUUCAAGCCGGAUUUUUUGCAGCCGGACAAAUUCCGAUGCUUCUGGAGUUGGCGGAUCGCUUCAUGAUGCUGAUGGUGACUCGUCUCUGCGAACCGUUUCUCAUCAAUACCGACGAGAUCACCGUUUCUCACAAGCGUGCGCUGGCCCACAAGUACCGACUGAAAGCGCUUCUGGAGCACUGCAAUAGAAUAGAGUGUUUCUGGCGCACGAGUACACCAAAGUGA